AUGGGCGCGCUUAGCAAUUUGUCAGACUUUUUUCUUUAUGGGUGUUGCUCUAAUGGCUUCUCAUCCGGAUCACUCUCGUCACUCCGUAAAUUUGUUCAGAAAUGGAAGAAACGUCUCACCAACAAACAUGAGUUUUUGAAUUACUGGGCUGCUGAAGGCCAAAAGUUGAUUGUGGUCUCUAUUUGGUUUUUCAUCAACAUCUUUCUUUUCACAGAGGCUUUUAUUCGUUACUUUUAUUACAUCUCAUCCAUCACUGUACCAACAGGAGUACAAAAAGUACCAUUCUUUGUCGCUCUGGCAAGAGGGUUUGGACAGUUAUUGAAUUUCAAUUGCGCUUUGUUGAUCUUGCCCACCAUGAGAACACUUCUGAACGUAUUCAGAAGUUUGAAGUUUGGAUCAAUAUUUCCUCUUGACAAGAAUCUCGUGUUCCAUCGUUAUCUAGCAUAUUGGAUUGUUGUGUGCGUGAUAGGUCAUACAUUAGGUCAUUAUUUGAACUAUGCUUGCUGCUGGCAACUAUAUGACAGUGCAACCACACCCUUGCAAGCGUGCUGGUGGAACAAAUUCGGUACCACAGGAAAUGUACUUUGUGUGGUGAUGUUCAUCAUGUAUGCUGCGUCAGCGAAGACUUACCGUAGGACCAAGAAUUUUACAGUUUUCUGGUACACCCAUCAUUUAUUUGUUGUGUUUUUUGUACUUCUUCUUGUACACGGAAAGCAGUUUUGGGCGUGGUUCUUUAUCCCUAUGGGGUUAUACGCCUUAGAGAGAAUCAUGAGAAACUUGAGAGGAUCGGAGAUGACAAUAGUGAAACGUGUUCACUGCUUGCCCUCCCGUGUUAUUCAUUUAGAAUUAGAAAAGCCAAGCUUUAGAUAUGAAUCUGGACAGUAUUGCUUCCUAAAUUGCCCAAUGAUUUCACAACACGAAUGGCAUCCGUUCACUAUCUCCUCUGCUCCAGAAGAAGAGUUUUUGCAAUUCCACAUUCGUUGUGUUGGAGACUGGACCAACACAUUGAUGGAUGUAUUUAAUCCUGCCCAAAGACCGACAGUUGAAAUCAACAAACCAACUACACCAGAUGGUAGUGAUUAUUUGAUUCGAGUUGAUGGACCUUUUGGAACUUGUGCAGAAUAUGUUUUCGAUUUUGAGUAUGUGAUGCUCAUUGCGGCUGGAAUUGGUGUUACUCCAUAUAGCUCACUCUUAAAACAUUUCAAAUUCCGUCUUGACGCUGCUUCUUCUGGACAAGCUCCUCCUCUAAAGAUUCGUAGAGCAAGUUUUUAUUGGAUCAACCGUGAUGAAGGCAGCUGGGAGUGGUUUUCUGACAUUCUAAAUCAAUUAGAAAGUGAGAACCCAGACUUUUUUGAUAUUCACACAUACAUGACCGGUAUGCUAAAAGCGGAAGACGUAAAGAAAAUAAUGUUCGCUUCAUCCGAAUAUCAAAAUCAAUCUAGCACAAAGGAUAAUGUUCAGCAGUCAGGAAAGGUGGAUAUUAUGGUCCGUGCUUUGCACAAAUACGAACCUCAAAGUUCUGAUGAAAUGAGACUUGAUAGGAAUGAUAUUAUUGUUGUCACAGAGCAAGACGAAUCUGGCUGGUGGAUGGGAACAAAUACCACCACAAAGCAAACAGGUCUCUUCCCAGCUAAUUUUGUUGUUAAGGUUGAUCACGUUACCAAAAUGGUAGACUCAACAAAGAGAAACUUUGGCAGACCAAACUGGGAUGCAGAGUUUUCGGAAGUUAGACGAUUUGUAGAAAAAAACAGCCCAUCUGGAAAGAAACCAAAAGUUGGAGUGUUUGUGUGUGGUCCUGCUGGGCUGAGCAAGCAAGUUUAUUCGUUUGCUGUUGACAAGAGCAAAAACUCUACAGUCCAGUUUGUUUUCCACAAGGAGAACUUUUAG